UCAGCGCGCCUUGACACUGACACGGACCCUCGUCUCGUCGUCGCCCGAAUAAAACUCCUCCGACCUCCACCCCCACGCCAUUGCCAAUCUUUCCUCCGAGCUCUCCCAGCUGCUCCUCAUCAUCCCGUUAGUCACAGAAGCGCCAUUGCUACUGCUGGUGAUGAGGUGAGUAGGUAAUUGGACGGGAAGAGGAGAGGGAUGCCCAUAGCUGGAGCCGCGCAACAGGGUACCACCACAUUCCACCUGCUGCUCCACGCCCACAACCUAGCCUGCGCCGCCAUCUACUCGGACCCCGCGUCGGUGCUCGACCGCCGCGCCAGCCCCACCGCCAGCCCGCCGCCGGCCACGCUGUCUUCCUCCUCGCCACUGGCGGCCGCCGGCGUGGCGGCCCUCGCCAAGAACGUCUCCCCGCCCCCGCCGGCGCCCGCAUGGCCGCAGCCGCCCUCCGCCGCGGGGGACGACUGGGUCCACCACCUCCCGCCCCUCGACAUGGCCGGCUGGGGGGACCCGCACGCCGCCGCCAUGCAGCCCCCGCCGCCGCCCUCGCAGCAGGACAGCUCCUUCCUCCGCUGGAUCAUUGGCGGCGCCGACGACGACGCCGCGCCGGCGGACGACGACGACGCCCACCCGGAUCUUGACCUCGACCGCGUCAUGCUCCCCCGCCACCCGCCGCCGCCGCCGCCGCCCAUGAUGAUGGGCCCAGGCCACGGCCUCCCGUUCACGCUCGCCGGCGACGACGCCAAGGACGCCGCCGCGCCUUUCCGUCCCCACCUGCACCAGCAGCAGCCCCACGCCGCGUUCCAUGGCGCCUUCCCCUCUUUCGACGCGCACCCGGCCAAGCGGCAGCAGCAGCACCCGAUGGCCGGCGCAUCCUCGCCAAAGUUGCCCCCUUUCGCCGGCCCCGGCGCGGGCGGGUUCGCCGCGUCCGCCCUCAAGCCCAAGGCAGAGGCGCCGGGCCCGGGCGACGACGCGGCGGCCGCGGCCGCGGUGGACCAGCUCGCCGAGGCGGCCAAGCUCGCCGAGGCCGGCGACGCCUUCGGCGCGCGCGAGAUACUGGCACGGCUCAAUCACCGCCUCCCCGCCGCCCCCGCGGCCGGGACGCCGCUGCUCCGAUCCGCCUUCUACUUCAAGGAGGCCCUGCGCGUGGCCCUCGACGCCACCGCCGCCUCCUCCUCCCCGUCCACGCCCGUCGACGUCCUCCUCAAGCUCGGCGCCUACAAGGCCUUCUCCGAGGUGUCCCCGGUGCUGCAGUUCGCGCACUUCACCUGCGUCCAGGCCGUGCUCGACGAGCUCGGCGCCGCCGCCUGCAUCCACGUCAUCGACUUCGACAUCGGCGUCGGCGAGCAGUGGGCCUCGCUCAUGCAGGAGCUGGCCCAGCGCCGUCCCGGCGCCGCGCUCAAGGUCACCGCAUUGGUGCUGCCCUCGUCGCACCAUCCGCUCGAGCUGCAGCUCAUCCACGAGAACCUCUCCAACUUCGCCACCGAGCUCGGGGUCCCCUUUCAGUUCGCCGUGUUCAACCUCGAUGCCGUCGACCCCACGGAGCUUCUUGCCAUUGCCGGCGGCGACGCCAUAGCCGUGCACCUUCCUGUUGGCUCGGUCCACGCCGCCGCGGUGCCAUCCGUCCUGCACCUAGUCAGGCGGCUCGGUGCCAAGCUUGUCAUCUCUGUCGAUCGCAACUGUGACCGCGGUGAGCUGCCGUUUGCCGCGCACCUGUUCCAAGCAUUUCAGUCCUGCGUCUUCCUGCUCGAGUCCCUGGAUGCCGUCGGCACGGGCUCAGAUGUCGCAAGCAAGAUCGAGCGCUUCCUGAUCCAGCCAAAGAUCGAAAGCUGCGUUGUCAGGAGGCACCGUGCCGCAAUCGCCGGCGACAAGCUGCUGCCCUGGCGGACAAUGUUCGCAUCGGCCGGGUUCGUGCCGGUGCAGAUAAGCACCUUCGCCGAGGCGCAGGCCGAUUCGCUCCUCAAGAAGGUGCCAGUGAGGGGUUUCCGUGUGGAGAAGCGCGCCGGAUCGCUCGUCCUGCAUUGGCAACGCGCCGAGCUGGUGUCGGUGUCGGCAUGGAGGUGUUGAAGCCGACGGCUAUCCGGCAUCUGGCUCCACUGGUGAGCAGCCAUGAAAAACAAGUUGGUAGGUUAGUUAGGACUAAUGAUCCUAACAAUAUUUCCGCUGCAACGAUCAAAUUACUCGUUAAGCACCGUCGCCUCCUUGAUGGAUGUUCUGCUGAUUCUGUCGCUUGUUUUUAAGUAGAUUGGUUGGCAGACUGCAAGGUCUGGUACAGUAUCAAUGUAUUUUAGUACUCAUGUUACUAUCUUCAUAUGGAAUCAAUGGUUAUGGUGUUUGAAAUGUCCA